GGAGGCGGCCACGCAUUGCUUACCCGUGUCGCUUAGAUACGUGCCGUAUUCCCGAAGCGAUAAACGACCAUCUACAACUACAUAAACCAUCAAGACAACCACCUUCUUUCUCUCUGUCAAUCAUCGCCAUCAUGGACAUUUCCAGCGUGACCAAGGCGUUCCAAUCGGAGCGCCUUAUCUACCGCUCACCAGAAGAUAACGAUAAAGAUAAGGAAUUCUUCUUCAAGCAUAUCGAGAACGACCCCGUCGCAAAAGCCCUCGCAGACCCUUCCAUUCUUCGUCCCAGGAACAAAAAAGGCGUUGAAGACUUUUUGACAGAGUUUCAAAAGUCCGCUCUCGCCGUGGUCCUGUGUCUCUCCUCCGCCGAGGCCAAAAAACAAAACAUUGAGAACGAAGAACCAGUUCCCAUCGGAUUCAUAUGUAUCGGCUGGGGCGGCAAACCCAAGAACAUGGAACAGCAUCGCGCUACACAUAUCGGCAUCGUAAUCGCGGAGCCUUUUAGGAACCAGGGCUAUGGCGGGGAGAGUAUCAAUUGGGCGCUGGACUGGGCGUUUAGGUUUGGGGGUUAUCAUCGUGUUGGGAUUGGGACUUUUGGGUUUAAUGAGCGGGGGCAGCACCUGUACAAGAAGUUGGGGUUUGUGGAGGAGGGGAGGAGUAGGGAGGCGCUUUGGUUUGAUAGGAAGUGGUGGGAUAUGAUUGACUAUGGGAUGCUGGAGCAUGAGUGGGAGACUUUGAGGGCCAAGCAGAAGAGCGAUAAUUAGUGGAUGUUGAUAGACUUUGUGCAUAAAGGUUAAAGAGGUACGAUGCUGCAAUUUUAUAGCCAGUCCCGGCUGACAUUCUCGAUCAGUUGCUAUCUGUAUCGUGAAGUUACCUUUACUCGGGCCGAUGACAGCGUGCAUAAAACUCUUGCUCUAUCGUCAUCAGUACGUGGCAUGUGUAUACUUUCAGCCACAAAUCUCAUCUGCCCCAAGGUUCAGACACUGUGUCUGGACACAGGGACACAGCCAAGAAAGUUUAUCUGAUG